ACCCAGCCUCCGUGCUAUCGUCAUUGGUGGCAUGGACGGGAGAACCAAUUGCCUGGCUACCGUUACCUUCGCGAGCGUCUCUGGAUUAUAAAAUUUUCCCACCUUUGAAAUGUUUUGUACCGGGUUUUGAAUCAACCUCACAAAUAUUACUCACAUCUUGAGCGUUAAUCGUCUGCAAACAAAGGGCCACUUCUCGCGCUCUUGAGAGGAUUCCUACGUCAGCUAGCAAGUUUUGCUCCUAUAAACAAAAUGGCGGACAAUGAAGACGAUAAUAAUUCGGUGACCAAAUCUGUAGCAGAUAAAAUAGAAAGCCUCGACGCGAGCGGAUCUCUGCCGCAGCCCGAAACGACGCAAACCACAGCCGAAGCGGGAAAUAAUCAAGAGGACGCAGGCAAGACCCCAACCGCCGCAGAAGGGGGCGUUAAUCAAGGCCUCGCCGAGUUCAUGCACAGCGAGUCGGCGCUGGACGUCAGAGUCGUGGACGGUAACGUUACCCAGGAGGUCAUCGGGCAGAUCGUGAGCGGCGAGGUCAUAACCGAUCCGAGUUUCAUAACGUCUUAUGUCAAUGCCACUGCAGAGGCAGGUGUGUCUGCUGAGUGCACCACUGUGAGCGGGGACGUCUUAAACGCUCUCGCGCCGACGACCACCAUCAUUUACGUGCAGCCCGACGGCAGCUUCGUGGAGAGCUCGGGUUUAUCGGCCGAGGAGCAGCAACAGUUAAUCGAGCAGUUAACGGAACAAGAGUUGGUCCAUGUGGCAGGUACUGAGACAGCUGUGAAACCCUCCACCUCCCCCAUAGUGGACGUACAGCAGAUUAUAGUGAGUAAAGCGCAGGUGAUUACGCAGGCCGAGCCGGCUGCGACCCACGCAACGACCCCCAAAAUACUACAGAGACCUGUCACGACGCAGCCGACCUCCUACAUCGCGCUGGAGUCCAGUAACGUGAACUUGCAGCUGGCGACGGCGAUCCAGCCGCAGCCCGCCAGCGUCGUGCAGAACGCGUCGCAGCAGCUGCAGAGCGUCGCCAAACACGUCGCGCUGCAGCAGGCGCAGAACGGAGCGCACGCGACCGCGCAGAAGGCGGCUGAGCCCAUCCAAAUUCAAGUUCAGGUACCUCUGAAGCAAGACAAUAAACUACGGCAGACAACUCCAAUAACAAUUUUACAGCCACAGAAUCUGUCAGCCAGUCAGCCGCUGGUGAAGGUUUCAACCGUAGGAACAUUGAGCAGCCCACAGAUCAUCCACAUCACCCCUGUGCCUGGACAGCAGCAAUAUUUCUUACAAAACCCAAGCGAUCCUCCAAUUCAGCUUCUCCUUCAGAAACCAGCUCCUGUUGUUAGCACCAUUUCUGUCCCCAUUAGUAAAGUACACGUCCCGGCACCUGCCACGGUCAAGAGUCCACCAGCCAAACCAGUAGCUCCUACCCCAAAGAUCCUAGUGCCAUCUCCGAAAGUUUCAUCUCCUCCAGCCAAGGUAACGAUUCCUCCCAAAGUCAUUACUGUAGAAACAAAAACCGCAACUCCAGCCAUUGUAAAGGAUACACAGAAAGUUAAAAAUCGCCAGAAGAAGCCUCCGAAAAUCCAGACGCGCUCUGGUCGGGUGUCCAGACCACCUAAGCACAAGGCGAAAGACUACAAGUUUAUUAGGAACGAGGACUUGGCGGAAAGCCACCAGUCAGAUUCAGAUGACUACUCGGAGAUAAGCGUGGAGGAUGAGGAUGGAGAGGAAGGCAAGAAGAAGUCCUCCGAUGCAACUGUCAACCUCCGUGACAAAGCUUUUAAAUGUGAUACCUGUGAGAAGUCGUACAUCGGCGUUGCCGGCUUGAACAGACACUAUAAGCUAAAUCCCACACAUGACAAGAACCCGACGCCACCUCAAGCAGAAGACCUCUCCAAAACUAGAGACGAACAGCCUUCAGGAACAGAAGUCACCAAUGCUAGUCAAGUGAAAACACUCAGUAAUCAAAAAGUUCAAGAAAUUGGGAGGGUAGAACCUAGGAGACCUGGGCGGCCCAGAGGACCAGGACGGCCUGGUCGUCCUAGGAGGCCUGGGCGGCCACCUAAAAGAGGACGCCCAGGACGGCCACCCAAGUACCCCAGAGGAAUGAGCUUGGAGGAGCAAGCUCAAAGACAGAGGAAUCGACUGAGAGAAUUUAUUAAACAGUAUGAUGAUGAAGAUCUCAUGGAGAUCGUUCUUCCACGUCUGGCCAGAGUCAUGACUGUAUGGGAGUUUGUGCUGAUGAAGGUGGAAAAGGGUUACCCAUCAAAGCAGCAGUUCCCGAGCGUUUACCAUGAAUUUGAACAACUACACAGCCAGGUGAAGAAGAUGGCCCUGGAAUAUUUGCACACUUCACCAGCCUCCCGGCCAGCUAUAGAGGUCAACAACAUGGAAGUUUUACAAUCUCUGGGUAUAACCGAUCCCAAUGCACUAAAACUCCUGACUUCGUCUGAAGGACAACAAAGUCAAAAGACAAAUCAGACCACUAAGAGCCUACGGAGUAUUGAGAAUACCAAAAUGCUGCCUCCUGCAAAAAGGUUUAAAAUGGAAAACUGCAAAGAAGAAACCAACGGCUAUCAGGUUCAUCAGAAUGGCAUCCAGAAGGACGAGAGUAUUGAUGGCUCUAUGCUGCGUAAGCCUCAGGUGGUGCUAACCAGACUGGAGAACUUGACUUCUGUAGAUCUAACCACCGACAAUGCUACACAGAGCGCUGAAAACGCCAUCCCGGAGAGGACCGAGGAAGAGCCAAUGGAGACGGAGAUGCCUUCUUCAGAUUCUGAUGCCACAAAAACCACAGAAGAUCCAGAGCUCUCCAAGGUUCUGAACAGUAGCGUCAUCGUUGAUAUCGCGGAUCAGAUGAAACAGCUGGAACAAGCUCUGAGCACAGACUCCGAGAUUAAGAACUCAGAAGAACCCGCUCAACAAGAGGUUCUAGAUUGCCAGACCGAUGCUCUCGAAGAUCCUGCGACCAGUCAGGUGUUGCAGCAAGACUCUCCAGUUAUGAUCCAGACGGCAGAGGGGCUUGUGAUGCAGAGCGCAGAAGAGUUAGCCGCCAAAGGCAUCAUCAUUGUCAACGGGCCCGAUGGCACCAUGAUGCACAUCGAGGCUCCUGAAGGCGUCCCUUUAGAGACCGUUCAUGCCCUGCUGGGCAUUGAAACUGAAAGAAAGACUUAAUGGAGUCACAUCUUCACUUCCUGUUUUUGUCCGUUAUUCACACCAUACAUGCGUUCUGUCUGCGAGAUGGUGUUUUUUCAAUGAACUUUUAUUGCAUUCUUUGUAAAUUUGUAUAAAAACAGUAUUAGUGUUUUUUCUGUUUAUACAAAAAAGGUUGUCGUUCAUUUCCAAUUUUAGAGAUUGUUGACUUACGUUAGCAUAUCUUAACUAUUGGUUUCGGAGUCCAUGACUAUGUAGCUGCACGUGAUGAGAUGGUGGGAAAUAUUUGUGACAACACACUAAACCUGGGAGGGACUCCAGGGCUUUUCGUUCGGGAGACUGAAUCUUUCACAACAUGCACAGUUGGGAGAAAAGAAAAAACUGUCUGCCAAAACUAAGUUAUGGACUCCAGCGAGGUUCAGUAAAAGCUGUGGUAAGAUUUUUGUGAUCCGGUGUCCAUCUAACAGGCCAUCCAGAGAAAUCUGUACAUAACCGUUCCUUCAUGUUAGAAAACCAGGCUGUAGUUACAAUACAGUUUAAAUCGGUACCCCAUGAGAUUUUAUUUAUUCAAAUACUUUUGGAUGUUCGUUUGUUUGAAAAUUACCCCUUACCUUAAGGCUGAAAAUAGUCGACCCCUAGAGGUCUGACCUAAAAACAUGGUAUUUUGAGACGGGGGGGACAUUUCGGUUUUAAAAACUGGCCUCUUCAAGCAGUUUGAAGACACUCUAGAUUUGUAAAACAAACAGAGAAGACUUGAGGUGCUUAUAAUCUCAGACCGCAGCCUCAGAUGUUCCAUUGUUUCUGUUCUUUAGUAGUUUGUCUAGUGCAAAAGUCAUUUGAGAAGUCGUUGCACUAUUUUAUUACUUUUUAUAAAAUAUCUGGUUUACUGUGUUUUUGAAACAUCUCAGCAUUUUUAAUACAAAGGGACAUGUUCAAAUAUGACAUUAAAUCUUUUGUGAGUGA